AUGUUACUACCAGACAAGCCGCCAAGGGAUGGUUGUGUCAUGGCAAACCUACUAGAUAUUUACGACUUGAAGAAUUUAAUACAUGAAGCCACCCGUAUCACUAGAACAUCAGAAACCCUACUGGUCCUUUUUCUCACUGACAACGUGAAGAAAAUACAGUCAUCGGGCGUAGUCCAUGUUAAAAUAAGUGAUCACUCUCUUGUGUUUGCCAUUCUCAGAGCAUCGGAACCGAGAAUACGAUCUCGGGAAAUACGAUUUAGAAGCCUUAAGAAUUUUGAUAAACAGCAUUUUCUACAUGAUUUGCAUAAUGUUCCUUUCCAAGUAGCUGAAAUAUUUGACGACGUUGAUGAUAGGCUCUACGUGUUUGAUUGUUUAUAUGAGGACAUUCUUUUUAAGCACGCACCUUUGAAACAGGUCCGCAUAAAGGGAAAUCAAGUUCCCUUUAUGAAUGAACAAUGGCGCAGAGCUAUUCGUCAGAAGAACCGUUUGUGGAAGUGCUUCAUUCGUGAAAGAACUGAUACUAAUUAUGAAUUGUACAAGAGGCAAAGGAACAUUUGCACUUCUCUAAGACGUAAAGCUAUUAAAACUUUCUUUGACAAGAAAAGUGAGUCGGAAAACCCAAGGGAGUUUUGGGACACAUACCGCCCAUUUUUGCAUUCAAAGAAAAGUACGCAAGCUAAUGACAUGAUACUAAAAGAACACGAUGUCGUAAUAACAGACAAGAAACAAAUAGCGGAGCUUUUUAAUAGUUAUUUCGUGAACAUCGCGGACGGCGUGCCAGAGAUUACUGAACAGAUUUAUGGAAAAGGGUUUGAUGCACAUCCUAGCAUUCAGGCGAUUUUUAAUAACAAUGAGCAGAUCGCUGCGAGAAACAAUUUUGCUUUUCAAUAUACUAAUAAAACCCAAGUGUAA